CCGGUGCUUAAUCAAAAAAAAAAAAAAAAGAAUGUUCCGCGUGGAAGUUGAAGUCAUCAUUAGUUCGAGAUUUUUCGUCAAGGAAAAAAAAAAGUAUUAUCCGCAGUAGUUGGAAAACAAUUAGCCGUUGGCAAAAUCCUUAUGGAAUUUGAUGCAGGCCUUUGCGAUGCUCCUACAUUUAUUAUCACCAAUGUUGCUCGGACUCUGGUGCGGAUGCGGGUGUCGGAUACGGAUACGGAUCUAGAGGUCGGAUUCAUCAUGAUCUAAAUUUUAAGAUUCGUGGGUACGGAUACUAGUGCGGGGAUUCAACAAAAAAUAAUUCAAAAUUCUAAAAAUAGAGUUAGAAAACCUAAUUUAUGACAUAUUAUGUGGAAAACUUGAGGAGAAAAUCGGAAGGAGAUAAAAGGAAAAGGAGUGACGUAGAAAUUUCUAUAUACAAGUUAUUCCAUUUUCUUCAAUUUCACCAUAGCUUUUGUUUUGAUUACAUAAAUCAUUGAAUUUAUCUGGAAUUUCUCCUUCGAUUUUGGUCAAAGUACCCAAAAUUGGUUGACCAAAUUGGGUACGGAUCCCACAGCCACACCCAUGUCGUGUCGACAUGGGUGCGGCACCGAAAGUGAAGAGUCCGAGCAACAUAGAUUAUUACCAUCUCUGCGUUGUUUCCUACUUUUUCUAGCUUCCUUUUUUGCUUUUUACUGGAGGAGAGACUGUAGUAUUGAGCACUGGUUUGAAGGAUGGAAAAGGGAAGAACAAGGAUAUGAUGGAUGACGAGGAUGAAGAGGAAGAAGAUGAAGACGACAUCCAGGUUUUUAGUGACGAUGAAGGUGCCAUAGAUGAGGAUGAAGAUGAAGAAGUUACUGGCUUUUCAUUUUGAGACUGUACAUGGUGUCUCUUCAAGAAAAAACAACUCUGUAUAGGACUGAUCAAAGUGCUAAACCUAAAAUUAUCUUGAAUGGAGAUUGAUUCAAAGGUACCGGAAGAGGCUGAGGGUUCGAUGCAAGUUGACAGUAAGGUUCCGGAGAAGGAUGAUAUCUCUAACUCGAUGCAAAACCUUAAUAUUGAGGGAUCAUCAUCCUUCACUUUCAAGAAAAAGCCUGUCAUUAUCAUAGUGGUUGGGAUGGCUGGUAGUGGAAAAACUACGUUUAUGCAUCGACUUGUUUGCCACACAAUGGCGUCCAAUAAGCGGGGUUAUGUUUUGAACCUUGAUCCUGCUGUCUUGACCCUUCCAUAUGGUGCAAAUAUUGAUAUUAGAGACACUGUUCGAUACAAGGAAGUCAUGAAGCAAUUCAAUCUUGGGCCAAAUGGAGGAAUUCUUACUUCACUGAACUUGUUUGCCACAAAGUUUGAUGAGGUGAUAUCAGUUAUUGAAAAACGAGCAGACCAGUUGGACUAUGUUCUUGUGGACACUCCUGGACAGAUUGAGAUAUUCACUUGGUCUGCCUCUGGUGCAAUAAUCACUGAAGCUUUUGCAUCUACUUUUCCCACUGUGGUGACAUAUGUAGUUGAUACACCACGGUCCGCAAGUCCAGCUACCUUUAUGAGCAAUAUGCUCUAUGCUUGUAGCAUCCUCUACAAAACAAGGUUGCCGUUGGUAUUGGCAUUCAACAAGACAGAUGUGGCUAAUCAUGAAUUUGCUUUGGAGUGGAUGAAAGAUUUCGAGGUGUUUCACGCGGCACUAGAUGCGGACAACACUUACACAUCAACUCUGACUCGAAGCCUUUCUCUUGCACUUGAGGAGUUCUACAAGAAUCUCAGAUCCGUCGGGGUCUCUGCAGUUUCAGGUGCUGGGAUGGACGCCUUUUUCAAGACAAUUGAUGCCAGCACUGAAGAGUAUAUGGAAACUUACAAGGCUGACUUGGACAAGAGACGGGAGGAGAAGCAAUUGUUAGAGGAAAAACGCAGAAGGGAGAAUAUGGAAAAGCUGAGGAAAGAUAUCGAGAAAACUGGAGGAGAGACUGUAGUAUUGAGCACUGGUUUGAAGGAUGGAAAAGGGAAGAACAAGGAUAUGAUGCAUGACGAGGAUGAAGAGGAAGAAGAUGAAGACGACAUCCAGGUUUUUAGUGACGAUGAAGGUGCCAUAGAUGAGGAUGAAGAUGAAGAAGUUACUGGCUUUUCAUUUUGAGACUGUACAUGGUGUCUCUUCAAGAAAAAACAACUCUGUAUAGGACUGAUCAAAGUGCUAAACCUAAAAGUAAGGGACAGAAAAAUGAUUUUACUGUGUAAAUGCGACAAUUUCGCCAGUCGUUGCAUCUGAUGUUCUCAUUAGUAUGUAGUUAAAGAGUUAGGUCAUCUGGAUUUGUGUUUGGUGAUAAAACCUUUAUGGAUAAUGACUUUGAUCAACUGAAUUUACUUUCUAUUCUUAACAA